GAUCCGGAGCAGGAAGCGCCGGAGGGGAGUUGGCGCGCUUCCUCCUUCUCCUCCUCCUCAGCCCGGCUCGGAACUGCGCGCCGCCCUGCGAAAGGCCGCUCCCUUCGGUCGGAAGUCCGACGCUCCUGCAGGCGGUGGGGAACCCGGGGAGCUCCGCUGGGCGAGGAGGGCUCGGCCUGGACAAGGAAGAAGAAAGCCCCUCUGCUGAAGAUCAAGGAAGGAGGAGGGUCCCGCGGUCGGAAGCCAGCCCCAUGACGUUGAUUUCCUCUUUCGAAAUGCAAAGAACUUUAAAAGAACCGUGGCUGGCGAUGACAUUUCACAAAGUGCCGGCUGCCAUCCUGUACCAAAUGGAGCAAGAGCUCGACAAAGACGAGAUGGACACCAUGGCGUUCCUGUGCCAGGAUCUUGUGCCGGAUUUACCAGCCCCAGAUGUUAGGAUGCUUUUGGUGGCGCUGAACGAGAGGGAACUGCUCACCGCCUCCACUUUGGCCGAGCUGCUGUACAGAAUGAAGAGGUUUGACUUGCUAAAGAAGAUCCUGGGAACCAGUCGAACAGCUGUGGAAACCAGUUUGGCGAGAAAUCCUCGUCUGUUGACGCCUUACAGAGUGCUGAUGACCGAAAUCAAAGAGCACCUGGAUAAAGAAGACUUAGAAUCUUUUGUUUUCCUUUUGCUGUGCAAUUCUAGCAUGAAGAAAGUGAAAGAGAAGAGUUUCCUGGGAAUUAUAAAUGAACUUGAGAAGUUAGAGCUGGUGUCGCCUCACCAAUUGGAUUUCCUAGAGAACUGCUUGAUGAACAUUCACAGGAAGGACUUGGUGAAGAAGAUCCAGAAGUACCGACUGGAAGCUCCAGUUCACACCAUCGGCUCUGCGCCUGUGUACAUAAACACGCUUCAGGCGUCUCUUCCCAAGCUCUCUCUUGCCGACCCUCUGAGGAUAGUGAACAAAGGAAAACUGCUAAAUGGAUCGGGAGCCAUUCAGAAGGAACAGGUCACCGUACCAGUACCAGAAACCGGAACAGCCAUGUCUCAGGGGUCUGACCACUACAGAAUGCAGAGUACUCCUUUGGGAGUGUGCCUGAUCAUAGACUGCAUUGGCAACGAUAUGGGUAUCCUGGCCGAUGCCUUCCAGGCUCUGAACUUCGAAGUGCUUUGUUACUCGUUCCUGGACGUGAAGUCCCUGCCACUUGAAUUGUGCGAAGUGGCAAGACUGAAGCAGCACAAGGACUACGACUGCUUUGUCUGCAUUGUGGUGAGUCGAGGCAGCCAGGAGGACAUCUUCUGCAUCGACCGCCACUUGCCCGGCUACCCUCUGGAGAAGUUGAAGAGGUUCUUCACCGGAGACAAGUGCACGGCCCUCUUAGGGAAACCGAAGCUCUUCUUUAUCCAGAACUACGUCGAGUCAAGACAUCGGCAAGAGCACAGCAGCUUAGUGGAGGCAGACGGAGACCUCGGGUCUGCUAUCCCCCAGGUAGCGGACAUUCUCUGGAGCCAGAGCACGGUGGACGCGUCGGCCUUAGAGAGAUCGCCCAGUUCAUCCUCCUAUUAUCUGUCCACACUUGCCGAGCUCUUGCUUGAGACACGCAAAAGGAAGUUGUCUCUGACAGAGCUUCUUCUGGAGCUGAAUGACAGAGUUUACGAGAGGAACAACGAUCACCCUACGGAACAGUACUCGCUCCUGUUGAAACACACCUUGAGGAAAAAGCUCUUCUUUUCACAAAGCUAGAGUUUAAAAAAGCCAAAACACACACACACAAAUACCAACCUGCUCAGUUGUAAAAGCAUAAACGACAGGCUUUCACACUCAGGGUCAAACACAGGUGGGUUGUUCAAGUGCUUAUUUUGCAUCCAUUCAAACCAGAUCGAUACACACCUUCAAGAUAAACUAGCGUAGAUAAGUAUGUAACUUUCUGCCUGGUAGUUCAAGAGGGAGACUGAGUGCAGCCUUACAAUGUUAGAGGUUUUGUGUGAGCCCAUGAGAUGCAGUUAGCAGAGACGAGACACUUUAUAAGCCUUUUGACCACGGAGAGCCCAUGGGAAAGAAGGUCAUAGCCCUGUGUGAAUGCCAAAGGAAAAGACAUGUAAGUUGUGGAAUAAAAACACAUAUUUCCUGGCCUGCCUUUGAGAGACAACAUCUCAACCUGAGUGUUCUUGUACACCAUAAUCAGACUGGUGCUGAGAUUUCCUGGGAUGUAUUCAUCAGGGACAAAUUACUUCCUUGGGUAUUUCCUUUUCUCCUGUAUCCAGGCUGUUCUGCAUUCACUGAUUAUUGAAGAGCUGAAAGCAAGGUGCAAUAGCACAACAACAACAAUAGCGCAACUCCAGUUAGCAUCUACCCACGUAAAGGGAUCCAGCCCAUAGCUAGGAGGAUACUCUGCUAUAAGAAUCCUGCUACGAUGCUCCAGUACUAAACUUAGGCUGCAUAAAAAUGCAAAUGAAAUUCAUGUGGGUGGCUGGGAAAGCAACUGGGGUUAUGUUUAUUCUUAGAAGGGAGGAAGGAGACUGGAGUUUUAAGCCACCGUUUGAUUGGUAUUCAUCUGGUCACAGUAAAGGACUAAAUCGGGAUGUGUUUUGUGUUUGUAAUUGGUGUUGGAAUGGCAGUAAUUCUGUAAUGUUGAGUUUAAAUGAACUUCGCCACACUGAUAUUAAUAUAUUUAUUUAUUUUGGUAAAGCUGGGCACAAUUUCAUCAGA